AUGACUUCAAAGAACGAAGAGGAAGGGGCUGAGCAGCCUCCGAAGAAAAAGUUCUUGCUCAAGGGUAUUUUUGGAGGAUCUUUGGGUGCUGCUUCUCUGUUGUAUGCCAGGAACGCUGUAUUGGAGAGGAAGAAUUUGCCAAGAUUUGGUCUGAUUUUCAAUUUUGGAGUUUCUUUAGGGAUUGGAUAUAUGGGAUAUGUCCAGUGAAGAGCUGCUUAUAUUAAUUAUAAGCUUAGGAAGAAGUCUCCAGAAGAGGAUAUUUCUGAAGUAUUGUCUGAUAAGUUAGAACGUUUCCAUUCCUUACAUCAUUUUAAAGGUCCUUCUUUGACUUCGAUAUUCACUUAUUUUGCUAUAAGUGGCUUAUCUGGUUAUGGUUGCUUGACUUAUAUGGUGCUAAAGGAAGCUUUUAGUGUCAACAUUUUACCUCCUGAACUAGACCUGUUUAUUAUUCUUACCCUGGGCGCUACUUCAAUCUGGACUGCAUACUGUGGAAUCUCAGAACUUAACGAACGCAAGCAGAAGAGGGAGAAGAUUCAUGAACAGAAGAAGGAAAUUAAGAUUAAGAAAAAGUGGUGGUAAAUCAGUUAAGACUG